CAACCAGUUGUUUGGGAGGAGGGGGCACCUGGGAGGGGCAGCAGGAGGUGCCAGAAGCAGCCUCCCCCAGCCCAGCCCAGCCCAGCCCAGGAGCUCGGAGCUCUGGACGCGGCAGACAGACCCUCUGACAAACAGUUGGACUUGGCCGGCCAUGGGGCUCAGUGGGGGACAGCCUGGGCCGCUGAUGCCACCGUUGCUGCUGCUGAUCUGCCUGCCGCUGGGGACAGGCCUGGAGCGCAUCGACUAUGUGCCCCAGCUCUCACCUGCCACUCUCGCGGGGACACGCACGCAGUCCACCUUCACGCUGGAGCAGCCGCGAGGCCAGUUCAGUCGCCUCAACAUCUCUGACUCUGACCCCAUCUGGCUGGUGGUGGCCCACAGCAAUGCCUCCCAGAACUUCAUCGCCCCACAGAGGGUGGAGGACAGCCCAGUCCCUGCCGACUUCCCCCAGAAGGGCUACUACCUCACGCUGAUGGCCAACCGGGCGCUCUAUCCGGGUGGCCAGCCUGGCAACCAGCUCCGGGUCCUCCGUGUGGGCAAUGACACUGGCUGCUCCCCAACCACAAGGGGCUGCAACCACCCCCUGCCAGGCCCCGGUCCCUACCGAGUGAAGUUCCUGGUGAUGAGUGACAGAGGACCCGUGGCUGAGACAGAGUGGUCCAGCGACACCCGUCUGCAGCAAGCCGAGGCACUCCAGACUGCCCCGGGGCUCCGGAGCGCGGGCACAGUGGUCAUCAUUGCCAUCCUGUCAGUGCUGCUGGCUGUCCUCCUCACGGCCCUCCUUGGCCUGCUCAUCUACACCUGCUAUGACACCUGUGGGAGCACCCCCAUUUCGGGACCAGGGGAGUUGGCGUUCAUGAGAAGAUAUAACCCCCACCACAUGUUCAGCCGUCCAGCUGUGGGGGGCUCCUGAGCGGCUCCAGGGGGUUCCCAUCUAUCCCUCAGCCUCCUCCCUGGUCCAGGCUGCAGAGCCCGGGCCGGGAGCAUGCCCUGCAGCUUCUGGACCUCAGAAAUAAA